UGUGUUGUGUAAGGCUGUGUUGUUUCAUUGGUGAAUUUUUUUUUUUUUUUUUUGGUAAAUCACACUAACCUUCCUUAAGGUUUGAGCAAAUGUCGGAAUCCCUUUCUUAUUUUCAAAAAAUGACACUUAGCCCCCUAUGGUUGUGAAUCCGCGUGUAUGAACUCUUUUCCCAGUUGUGAUAGAUAUAGAACCAUUGAGGACAAGGAGCUUGUCAUUUCCUUCAAUGGGAGGAUACUCAAGAAAUUACCACAAUUAAUGAUCUUGUAGAUGAAAGCAAACAUGGCAUAUCUGUAGAUUCUACUUCAACAAGCCAUGAGUUAGUCACUAAAAUGGGUGAUUUGAGUAUUAAUAAGUUAAAGAGGAAGUUUGAUUCACUAGAGAUGGAAAAUCCGCAACAUCUCCCAACUUCUGUGGCUGUACAUGAACAUUUUGAGAAAGAUCAAGAGCCUGUCAUAGAGAGGAGUGAACAUGAUGAGACUUCAUAGAAUUUAACAUCUACAAAGUAUAUUGAUCCAUCACGAGUUGAGGACUCUUCAAAUCUCCAAGACCUAGUUGUGCUGGAGGUUGAGUUGACUCUUUUGCUGGACGUUUGGCCUUUGCUGGAGCUUCUUCUUGAGCUGUCUUCACCUCCUUUGUUUCGGCAGCCACUGGAGAUUAUAAGGAAGGAUAUUAUAUUGGAGUGGAAGUAGCUGAAGGUGACCCAGAAGCAGAAAAACCAUUUUAUGGUCCAGGCUGAGAUUCAUUGCGGACAGGCUGAGAUCUGGAGGCAAAUUACUGCUGCUGGAGACACUUGUACUGAAGUGACAGAUUGUAUAAGUCAAGUUUUAGGACUUCAUAUUCUGGGUUGGUUGGGCCGGCUUGCUUUCCCUCCUCCUCGAUGUUUAUUAGUUCUUCCACCUCGGCCUCUCUCUUGUGGUGUUUUCCCUAAUUUUGAUUCCAUAUUUGUUCCUCGAGAUAAAGAUGUGUCUAAUUGUGAAGGCUCUGCUGACCUGCAUCAUAGCCCUUCAAUUGUUGAAUUUGAUGAGACGUCAUCACAAAUAUCUUGUCGUGACGCUCAAUCUUCGAGUGAAUUGUCAAUCCCCAAGAGUCCUCCUGCUUUGCUAAAAGGUAGCGUAACAACUUUAAACGUGGAUGUGCUUGAGCAGACAGUGUUGCAUGUUCAAAAUCAGCUUCUUACCCAUCUUGAAUCAAUGAAUCCGCUUCAACACGAGUCCAUGACACAGGUGGUGGAAUCUACUUUUAUCGUUUUGGAUCGUCUAUUAGUUAAUUAUACACCUUUUCAAGAGCGUGUGAAGGAGUUCAUUGCCUGUGCAUCAUCAUUUGCUGAUAUAGAGUAGUCCAUCAACAACAAACAUUCUUUUCAAGAGUCGAUGGAGCGGUACCAUAGUGAGAAAGUAAGGUAUAUAAGCAAAGUGGCUACUAUAAGCAACAAUAGUGUAGCUGUGUAGCAUCUAUCCAUUUUGGCUAUAUAAUUUGAUUGUUUUUUAUAUGUAAUCUGUCACUUUGUUCCAUCCUUGGUUAAAUGGAUCAGAUUUAGCUAGAUCUUAUUUAUGAUCGUAUAGCCUCUUCAUAAUCUGUAUGUUGGUUUGCGUAAUGCUUUGUAUGUGAAUUGCAUAGCUUGUACAAGGAUUUUUCUAUGUACAGCUUUUAAAUUAUGUUGAGAU